AUGUCGCGCGGACGCUCGCAGACGUCCUGCUCGAUUUUUACUCCCCAACGCACCCACGACCCAAAUUGGGAGCAGCUCGGCGUUGGCUCAGAGGAGGUGAGGCGCCGGCGGAUAGCUCCGCCCAGCCCACGCCCGCGCCGCCCGGCUCGCCCGCCCCCGCCCCGCCCCGGCCUGUGCCCGGCCGUGGCGCGUCCCGCCCGGUGCCCGCCGCGGCCAGCUCCGCCGCUCCGGCGACCUCCGCCCCGCCCACGCCCGCGCCCGUCGCGGCGAGCCCCGCCCGUGCCCGCGCCGGCGCGCGCGAGCCCCGCCCCGCCAGUGGCCGGCGCGGCGAGCCCCGCCCGUGCCGGCGCCGCCUCGGCGACCUCCGCCCCGCCGACGCCGCGCCGCCCGGCGACCUCCGCCCGCCCCGCCACGCCCGUGCGCGCGCCCGUCGCGGCGGCGCCGUCCGUGCCCGUCGCGGCCAGCUCCACCCCGCCCGGCGACGCCGCCCGCGCCGUGGCCGACGCGACCACCUCCGCCCCGGCGACGCCGCCCCGCCGUGGUGGCCGGCGCGGCGAGCCCCGCCGUGCCAGCGCCCGCCUCGGCGACCUCCGCCCCCACCCCGCCCCGCCCACGCCGCCCCGGCGACCUCCGCCCCGCCCACGCCCCGCGCCGUCGCGGCGAGCUCCGCCCGCCCACGCCCGCGCCCGCCCCGGCGACCUCCGCCCGCCUCGCCGGUGCAUGCGCCCGUCGCGGCGAGCGCCGUCCGUGCCCGCCGCCGACGCGGCGAGCCCGCCUCUGCCCGGCCGUGGCUGUCCACGCGAGCCCAGCCAGUCCCCGUCCGUGCCCGCACUCCGUCGCGGCGAGCUCCGCCACGGCGGCGUGGCUUGCGCGGCCGGCGUCGGAUUCCCGCGCCGUGCUCGCGGCGAGCUCCGCCACGCCCAUGGCUCACGCGGCCGGCGCCCGUGCCCGCGCCGUCCGUUUGUCGCCGGAGCUUUUUUGGAAGCAGCAACUUCCGGCAUGGAUGAAAAAAAGUGA